AUGAGCGAUCUCGAUCACACUAUGUCAACAGCCUGUAUGGUCCAAGAAUCGCACGAAGCGAGUCCCAUCGCUCUCGAGGCAUUGCCGUAUGGCCAGCAAUCGAACAGCUCUUCGGAUCCUCCCGGUGAAAGCUUUCCCAUGCUAGAAAAAUGGAACCAGUCCCGCACGAACAUCCAGCGGACAUUUGUAACGUUCUGGUGUUUUAUGAUCAUGGGAGCGAAUGAUGCUGCCUUUGGUGCUCUUAUUCCAUAUUUGGAGACAUACUAUCACUUGUCGUACACGAUUGUGUCUCUAAUAUUUUUGUCACCUUUGGUGGGAUACACACUCGCUGCUAUCCUGAACCAUCGAAUCCACAAUACAUUUGGUCAGCGCGGAGUGGCCGUGAUUGCGCCGGUGAGCCAUCUUAUUGCCUAUAUCAUCAGCUGCCUCCAUCCGCCGUACCCGGUGCUGGUGGUUGCGUAUAUCUUCGCGGGAAUGGGAAAUGGGCUUGAGGACGCGGGAUGGAAUGCAUGGAUUGGCAACAUGGCUAACGCUAAUGAGCUGCUGGGAGUGUUGCAUGGGUUCUACGGAGCGGGUGCGGUGAUUAGUCCGUUGAUCGCAACUUCCAUGAUUGCUAAGGGUAAUCUGCCGUGGUACUAUUUCUAUUAUGUCAUGGUCGCGUGCGCGGCUGUGGAGCUGGCGGUUUGUGGGGCGUGUUUUUGGAAUGCCACGGCUGCUGAUUUUAUCGCGGCGAAUACGCAGUCUGUCGAGGAAAAUAGGAAAGGUGGGUUGAGGAACGCUUUGUUUAAGCGCCCCUCGGCUCGAGUGACAUGGCUCUGUGCAUUGUUUUUGUUGGGCUAUGUUGGAGUAGAGGUCGCGCUCGGUGGAUGGAUUGUGACGUUCAUGAUCCGAGUCCGACACGGUGAUGCUUUUGGCAGCGGUAUGACAGCCACUGGAUUCUGGCUAGGAAUCACGGUUGGGCGAAUAGUUCUCGGAUUUGUGACCCCACGAGUGGGUGAGAAGAUUGCUAUUUCGGUGUACAUUCUUUGUUCUAUUGCCUUUGCGCUGAUCCUCUGGCUUGUGCCGCAAUUCUAUGCGUCGGCUGUCGCAGUUUCCUUUCAAGGGUUCUUCCUAGGUCCUCUUUUCCCCGGAGCUGUUGUGAUGGUCACCAAGCUGCUUCCUCGGCAUCUGCAUGUCACCUCUAUCGGAUUUGUGGCUGCAUUUGGCGGCAGCGGAGCCGCGAUUCUCCCUUUCGCAGUUGGUGUACUGGCACAAGCCAAGGGUGUCAAAGUUCUCCAGCCAUUCAUUAUAGGUUUGUCUGGUGCGAUUCUGAUUACCUGGCUUGGAUUGCCCCGUGUGUCUAAGAUCAGGCGGAAUGAGUAA